AAUGAGUUCAGAUUCUGUAAUUUAAGAAGCUCUUUCUUAAUUUAUAAUGCUAAGAAGCCCAUAAGAAUUGGUGCAUGAAUUUAAGACUUAAACUUUAAAUUUAGAAUAGAUAAGAUAACUAGUGUAGGUGUUUGAUCCAAAUAUUCCAAGUGAAGACAUAAAACACUUUUAUUUGAAAGUUAUUACUAAAUUCAAAAGUCCUGAAGGAAUUACAGCAGAUAUUUAUUAAUAAAUAGUGGAUGAUGAAGAAUUUACAUUGAGAGCUGGAUCAUCCAAUUCUUAUGAAUCUUUACCUUUAUUGAAAAAUAUUAUUAGAGGAGUGCGAGAAAAGAAGGUCCCUAUCUAGAGAUUGUAUAAUUUCUAUGACAAAAAUAAAGAUAAAGAACUAUAAGAUCCUGAAUUCAGAAAUUUAUUAGAAUUUUUUUACGUGGCAAUUACAGAUGCAUAAUUCAAAAAGCUUAGAGAAGAAUUUCCUGAUCAUCCACUAUCUGAGAAUGUAAUUGUAGGUCUUUUUGAAAAAUGGUAAGAAAUCGUUUUUGAAAAUACUUAAGGUGAUCCAUAAGUGAUUUUGGAAGCUCCAUCAAGUAUGAAUAUUUAAUUGAUUUUAGAAACAUAAAAUCUAUUAACUGUACCUAAACAAAAUCAAACAAUUACUUUAGAAUUAACAAGAGAAGAAGAUGAAAGAUUUAAAGAUUUUAUGGGAGUUGAUUUUAAAAUUCCUGGAGUUAAAGAAUUGGCUGAUCUUUAAAAAAGAUGCUAAUAAACAUAAGAAAUAUUUACAGAUCCUGAUUUCGCUCCAAAUGUAAAGAGUUUAGGACCUAAAUUCAGUGGAAAUAAUUGGUAACGUUUAUAAGAACUUUUUAAAGGAGAACAAAAAGUUUUUUCAUUAGAUACUUAACAUGAUAAAAGUGGUGUUGGUUUAAAUAAAUGGAUAUCUCAUAGAGAUAUUUGUUAAGGAGAUUUAGGUGAUUGCUAUUUUAUGUCAACUUUAAGUUCUAUAGCAUGUAAAUGGUAUAUUAGUAAAUUAAUAAUUUUAGGCCUGAUUAAAUUAAAGAUCUAUUUCCUAUUUAAAGAGCAAAUAAAUUUGGUGUUUAUGGUGUUAAAAUGUGUAUUAAUGGAGAGUGGAAGGUUAUCCCUGUUGAUGAUAAUAUUCCAGUAAAAAAUGGUAAAAUUGCAUUUACCAAAAAUUCUGAUAAGGAGAUAUGGGUAUCAUUGUUAGAAAAAGCAUGGGCAAAAGUAAAUGGAUCAUAUACUAAUAUUGAUGCUGGAGAUCCUAGAGAAGUUAUUAAAACAAUAACAGGAGGUCCAGUUUGGUUAUUAUUAACAAACAAACCUAAUUUCAAAGAAAAUUUCAUUACUUGUGUUAAAUAAAAGUGUGUAAUGGUAACUGGUACUUAUAGUAAAAAUGCUGAUUAUUCUGCCAUUGGAUUAGAACCAGGACAUGCAUAUUCUAUUUUAAAUGUUAAGACUGUAAAUCAUCCAUAAAGAGGAUAAGUUCAUUUAUUAAAAAUAAGAAAUCCAUGGGCUCGUAAAGAAUGGAAAGGUGAUUGGAGUGAUGAAUCAGAGUUAUGGACUCCUGAAUUAAAAGAGUAAGCUGGUAAUACAGGAAGAGAGAAUGAUGGAAUCUUUUAUAUGUCAUUAGAUGAUUAUACCAAAUACUUCUUUUCAGUCUUUUGUGGAUAUUUCAAAACUGAUUACAUAUACAAUUCAAUGAGAUUUAAUAUCAAAAGAAACAAGGGAGCAUAUUUUGGAUUUGAAAUUAAAAAAGAAGGAGAAUAUUUCUUUGCCAUUCAUUAGGAAUCUACAAGAUUAUAUAGAUCUCAACCAGAAUUAAAAUAUGAUUAUUCUUAUGUUAGGCUAUUGUUAGCAAAGGAAUUACAACAUGGAUAUGAAUAUAUAGAGGGCAAAUUCUAUAAAGAUAUAGAAACACAUGUUGGUAGAGUAGGUGUAAAUUUCACUCCUGGUAAAUACAUAUUAUACAUAAAAAUUAAAUGGCAUGUACCAUCUUGGAAUGAACAUUCAGUUGUUUUGAGUACUUAUGGAGAACAAUAUGUUUAAUUGAAAGAAGUUCCUAGAGAUCCNUUUAGGCCUGAUUAAAUUAAAGAUCUAUUUCCAAUUUAAAGAGCAAAUAAAUUUGGUGUUUAUGGUGUUAAGAUGUGUAUUAAUGGAGAGUGGAAGGUUAUCCCUGUUGAUGAUAAUAUACCAGUAAAAAAUGGUAAAAUUGCAUUUACUAAAAAUUCUGAUAAAGAGAUUUGGGUGUCAUUAUUAGAAAAAACAUGGGCAAAAGUAAAUGGAUCAUAUACUAAUAUUGAUGCUGGAGAUCCUAGAGAAGUUAUCAAAACAAUAACAGGAGGUCCAGUUUGGUUAUUAUUAACAAACAAACCUAGUUUCAAAGAAAAUUUCAUUACUUGUGUUAAAUAAAAGUGUGUUAUGGUGACUGGUACAUAUAGUAAAAAUGCUGAUUAUUCUGCCAUUGGAUUAGAACCAGGACAUGCAUAUUCUAUUUUAAAUGUUAAGACUGUAAAUCAUCCAUAAAGAGGAUAAGUUCAUUUAUUAAAAAUAAGAAAUCCAUGGGCUCGUAAAGAAUGGAAAGGUGAUUGGAGUGAUGAAUCAGAGUUAUGGACUCCUGAAUUAAAAGAGUAAGCUGGUAAUACAGGAAGAGAGAAUGAUGGAAUCUUUUAUAUGUCAUUAGAUGAUUAUACCAAAUACUUCUUUUCAGUCUUUUGUGGAUAUUUCAAAACUGAUUACAUAUACAAUUCAAUGAGAUUUAAUAUCAAAAGAAACAAGGGAGCAUAUUUUGGAUUUGAAAUUAAAAAAGAAGGAGAAUAUUUCUUUGCCAUUCAUUAGGAAUCUACAAGAUUAUAUAGAUCUCAACCAGAAUUAAAAUAUGAUUAUUCUUAUGUUAGACUAUUGUUAGCAAAAGAAUUACAACAUGGAUAUGAAUAUAUAGAGGGCAAAUUCUAUAAAGAUAUAGAAACACACGUUGGUAGAGUAGGUGUAAAUUUCACUCCUGGUAAAUACAUAUUAUACAUAAAAAUUAAAUGGCAUGUACCAUCUUGGGAUGAACAUUCAGUUGUUUUGAGUACUUAUGGAGAAUAAUAUGUUUAAUUGAAAGAAGUUCCUAGAGAUCCAAAUCUUGUUCCUUAAACAAUGAUGCAUUAAGUUAGAUCCAAUAAUAAGGUGGAAGAAGUAUUACCAGGAGUCAUGAUGAAGAUGGACAAUAAUGGAAAUUUAGGGUUAAUUAUUAUUUACUAUUUUUAGAAUUGGUUACAUAUACUAUAAGAAUGAAUCAACUCAAUAGGUUAACUUUGAAACAAAUUUAGUUAAUAAGGGAGGAUGUAAAUUAACCAAACCUGAAAGAGGUUAUUAUUUCAAGAGUUUUAUUCCACCACAAGGUGAAAGAUUAGUCACUUUUACAAUCACACCACCAAUUACUGAAUUGUCCAUGCCUACAUUAAGUCAUAAAUUAUUAUGA